ACUGGGACUACUUCCGGGUGAGAAAUUGACGUCAACAAACUGACAUCAUCAGCCAAUAUCGACAGAAAAAAGAACGAUCAAAAUGUCUUAUGCCUACUUAUUUAAGUACAUUAUCAUAGGAGAUACAGGUGUUGGAAAAUCCUGUCUCUUAUUACAGUUUACAGAUAAGAGAUUUCAACCUGUACAUGAUCUCACCAUUGGUGUGGAGUUUGGUGCUCGUAUGAUAACUAUUGAUGGUAAACAAAUAAAACUGCAGAUCUGGGAUACAGCAGGUCAGGAAUCAUUCCGAUCUAUAACAAGAUCUUACUACAGAGGUGCUGCUGGUGCUUUACUAGUAUAUGAUAUUACAAGGAGAGACACAUUUAACCAUUUAACAACCUGGUUAGAAGAUGCCAGACAACAUUCCAAUUCUAAUAUGGUUAUUAUGUUAAUUGGAAAUAAAAGUGAUUUAGAAGCCAGAAGAGAUGUAAAGAAAGAAGAAGGAGAAGCUUUUGCUAGAGAGCAUGGUUUAAUAUUCAUGGAAACAUCAGCUAAAACAGCUGCCAAUGUAGAGGAGGCUUUUAUAAACACUGCUAAAGAGAUUUACCAAAAAAUACAAGAUGGUGUAUUUGAUAUUAAUAAUGAGGCUAAUGGUAUUAAGAUUGGACCACAACAUUCACCAAACAAUCCAAACAUGCCAUCAGGAGGAGGUGGAGCUAACCAAGGAGGUGGAUGUUGCUAAAUAUAGGACUGACAUUGUUGUGAUCAUUACGAAAAAGUGAAAGUAUGCAAGGGAUGUUUGUAGAAGACUAUAAAUGUCUUGAGUGUUUAAAUUAUAUUAUUAAACUACUUACAAAAUUCAUAGGGUCUGAACUUCUAGAUUACUAUUCCUUUGAAUGCUUAAUAGUCAAAUGUAUUUUUAGAGAUAAAAUACUUAAGGAAGGAUAUAGAUCAUUAAUUAUGAAUAUCUUUAGUUCAAAAUUUGCAAAAGAUCUUGUGAUUGGUAACGUUAUUUAUCUUUAUGAUAAUUUUUUUCUUAAAUAUUAUAUAUUCAUGCAUAGCAGGCUCGAUGACAACAUACAGACUCAUUACUAAAGUUCACACUUUUUAUUAAAAAGAGAUUUAAAUAUUAUAUGUCACAAGUAGUUUUAUAAUAUUAUUUGGUAUGAUUUGUUGAAGACUUAGGAUGUGAUAGGUGAAUAGUUUUCAUUUAUAGCUUUUCAUUUCUGAAUACAUUUGCAUAUAUAAAUUUUGCAAUGGUCAAAUGCACCAAGGGAGAAAACUACAUCAUGUGUUUAAAUGACAAAAAUUAGAAAAUUUCUUUCAUUGUAAUUAAAAACCUAUAGCACAAUUGGGUAGGGGGAUAAAGCUGUGUUUAUAUGUCGAUGUUGCAUACAUGUGUUAUGAUUUUACGUCUGCAUCUUUUCUUGUAUUUGUCUCAGUUUUAAUCAUGAUAUUGUUAAAAAAAGAAGAUUUUACAUAUUUUACAUUCCAAAUAUGUUUCAGAAGUAUAACUUUAAAAAGGAUUUUUAUAAUAAAUGCAACUAAAACAACAACAUUUUUAUUUGUUGAUUGGUAACGUAAGUGGAGUUAAUAUUUUUCUGUGUAAAGACACAAUUUGAAAGUCAUCAUUGAUUGUAAAAAAACUCAUAUCAUUCUAUAGAUAGAAAAAGUUACAACUAACAGUUAUAAGUUGUAAUUGCUACUUGUGUUGUUUGCAACUUUUCUUUUGUGCAAACAAUGCAUUUAUCGAUUGCAAUUUUAGGGCAUUAGAAAUUAAAAUGUGAUCUUAUAAAGUUCAUUGACUAAACUUUUUCUGGGUAACAUCUGUAAUUUAAGUCACUUGCCCUAUGCACAUAUUUGGUAAAAUCUGGUUCUAUAAAUGAAAAUAACAUAAAAAAAUUGUCUGGACCAUAAACAUUGUCUUAAUUUUGUCUAUUUAAAUAGCUUGUAAAAUGUUUAAGAAAACGGGUCACAUGUGAAAUGUUUUGUCAAAACAACAUAUUUCAACUGAUUUUGUUCAUACUUUUGUUAUCAGCUAAAUGAAAUUGGAAUUGACUGUAUGCUUUUCAGUGAUUGUUUUGUUAAUGAACUUAACCGUAUGAUUGUGAUGGUCUCAAUUAUUUUAAGUUCAUUUGAUUUAUCAUUUAUCUGGAAAAAAGUCUGCAUGUACUUUCACAUUUUAAGCCUGUCACUAAAUUUUGAAUAAUAUGAUAACUGUAAGAGUUGAUGUAUAGUGCAAUGGAAUGGUUUUUACAUCUCAUUAGUAUUUUUCGAUGUCACAGUUUCUUUGGUAAAUUUGGGUUAAGAAUGCACUUAUUGUUGCGAAAUCUGAAAUUUCAAGUAUUUUGCGAGGAUGUUGAUAAAAGGGAAACAGUAAAAUUUAUUUGUUUUUUAGAACAGUUAUAGAAGGAAAACUAAAGGACUUUACAUACUGUUUGGAAGUUACUUUGUUGAUGUUGUUUAUGUUUUGUUUUAAUCUUUAAUGUUGUUAACUCUUGUAAAUGUACAUAAAGUCUUUAUUUAUCUCUGCAGCUUAAUGAAGAAAUAUAAUUAAAGCAAAAAUUGUAGAUACUUAAAUAUAUAAUCUUUAUGAUAUGAAAUGAAUAAUAUAUUUUAAGAUUGCACAUCAUUGAAUUAAACAAAUCAUUUGUCCCAUAACCCCUAGAAAGUUUUCCUUAUGAAAAUCUCUUUAAUAACACCUCACAUGAGCAAAAUUGUAUCAAACCUUUCAAAUUUUUCAAUUUAUAUUUUUCUGUUCACCGUGAUAGGACAAAUUUUUCAUCAUAGAGAAAUUCAUGUACCUGGUAUAAAGUUGGAGAUGAAUACCAGACAUAAAAAGGGGAAAACUGUACUAAGCAAAUAGUGUAAAACUUGCAUAGCAGAAAUUUAUAUAAUUUUUCUUUUCAUAACAUGAUUACAGCAAAGGUUUAACGAUCACAAAAUUGUGGUUCAUUUUUUCUCUCAUUUAAUUUGAUAAAAAGCUAGCCUCACAUGUGAUUUUAUUUUGUUUUAUUUAUUUAUAAGAGUAACCAUUAAUACCCGAGUUUUCUUGAUUUACCUGCGAUGUACAAUUUCAUAUUUUGUUCUAUUUUUAUACUAUGUUCAUUUUAGGGUUGUAAAAGUUUGUGUAUUCAUUUCUGAGUCAUUUAUCUUAAAAGCCAUUUUGAAUGUGUAAAACGAAUGAUUGUGUACUAGUUAUUAGUGUACUAUUUAAAUCAUAAAUACAUGAUGCUAACAAAGUCUAUUUUAAAUAUCAUAAUUAUUUUUAAUGUACAUUAUUCUGACAUAAGUAAGUUUUUUAAAGAUGCCAAUACUGCCAGGAAUUGAUCUGUAUAUUGUAAAACUACUUAUGUAAUGUGUAAAAUAGAUUUUACACCCAAAGAUACAAAACCUAUCUCAUUUUCCCAGAAAUUUUUUUUGUUCUUGAUGUGGAGAAGGUGGUUUUCAAAAACAAACAAAAAAAGCUGUCUGAAAAGACAAAAUUAAAAAAAAAAAAUUUCUUUCAAUUUAAUGUACUGUUUUAAACUAGACAGUUAUGUUUAAAAGGUUGUGGCUGUUAAAGUACUUGGCACCCAGGUUGGUGUCUAAUAAUACUUUUUAGAAAUUUAAAAAUUGCUUUUUAUGAUAGUUACUCCAUACUAUGUAUGUUUAGAUAGGCCAGUUUUUUCCAUUAUUGGAUGAGUAAAACUAACUGUUGCAUGUGAAAGACAUUGAUCAAGAAAUCCAUUUAAUAUUCCCGUUUUAGAAAAAAAGUGCUGUUAUAAAAUACUGUAAAUUUAAAAAUUAAUGUCUGCAUUUAUGAAUGUUAUUGUUGAUCAACAGGAAAACAAACAAAAUAAACUACUGCUAUUUCAGAAAAUGUAGAAUACAUGUAAUGCAUGAUUAGAAUUUUAAAUGUGAGUUCUUGUUAUUGUGAUAUUAUUCCUGCUACUCUUUUUACACAAUAUUAAAAACAUCUCAAUACUUUUUGAAUUUACAGUAUUCUAAAAGAACAUUCUUUACACAAAUUUUCAUUUUUCCUUGGGUUAUGUGCUGAUUUCUGUUUACAUGUAUGUGUGCAAAUAACAUUGUUUAUAUAUGUCAAUAAAAAUAGUAUGAUUA